AUGGCGGCUCCCAUACUGCGCUGGAAACGCGUUACCAACAGCAGCGGGCCGGUACCGCGGCCGCGCCACGGCCACCGCGCCGUCUCCAUCAAAGAGCUGAUGGUAGUUUUCGGCGGUGGCAACGAGGGGAUCGUGGACGAGCUGCACGUUUACAACUCAGCGACCAACCAGUGGUUCAUCCCGGCAGUGCGGGGGGAUAUUCCCGCAGGAUGUGCAGCUUAUGGAUUUGUGUGCGAUGGGACUCGCCUGCUGGUCUUUGGUGGCAUGGUGGAGUAUGGAAAGUACAGUAACGAGUUGUAUGAACUGCAGGCAAGCCGGUGGGAAUGGAAGAAAUUGAAAGCCAGAGCCCCCAAAAAUGGCCCCCCACCAUGUGCCCGACUCGGACAUUGCUUUUCAGUAAUCGACAACAAAUGUUAUUUAUUUGGGGGAUUAGCCAAUGACAGUGAAGAUCCAAAAAACAAUAUCCCACGGUAUUUAAAUGACCUGUACAUAUUGGAGCUUAAGCCAGGGUCAGGAGUUGUAGGAUGGGACAUACCGGUCACAUAUGGAACUCCUCCCCCACCCAGAGAAUCUCACACUGCAGUCGUGUAUCGCAGCAAGGACACCAGUAAACAAAAACUGGUCAUCUAUGGUGGGAUGAGCGGCUGCAGGCUUGGAGACCUGUGGAUUCUGGAUGUUGAAAGUUUAACGUGGAAUAAGCCAGAGGUUGCCGGAGUUCCUCCGUUGCCCAGAAGCUUGCACUCUGCGACAAUGAUCGGGAGCAAAAUGUACGUUUUUGGUGGCUGGGUCCCCCUUGUUCUGGAAGAUGUCAAAGUUCCCACUCAUGAGAAAGAAUGGAAGUGCACAAAUACGUUGGCAUGCCUGGAUCUUGAAACAAUGAUUUGGACUCAGAUCUCGACUGAAUCGUUUGAGGACAGCAUCCCUCGUGCAAGAGCUGGUCACUGCUCAGUCUCCAUAAGCACACGUCUCUAUGUGUGGAGUGGUCGAGAUGGUUACCGCAAAGCUUGGAACAAUCAAGUCUGUUGUAAAGACUUGUGGUAUCUUGAAACAGAAAAGCCUCCGGCUCCUGGCAAGGUCCAACUGAUUCGAGCAAGCACCAACUCCCUGGAGGUCAGCUGGGGAUCCGUGUCGACUGCCGACAGCUACUUGCUUCAGCUUCAGAAGUACGAUGUACCAGUAGCCACCGCCGCCAUGACCCCUCUGACCAACUCUGCCGUGUCAGGCAUUCGGGCGCCCAGCAGUCCCGCUCCCGCCACCGCAGCACCAGCCUCGCCUUCGCCUGCGCAAUUGGGAAUCCGCUUUGUGACGCGGACUGCUGCCACGCCAGGGACGCAGGCUGCACCCCUCACCCCUGCCGCCACAUCUCCAGCUGUGCUCAGAAUCCCAGCCACCAUGGUCUCUCCACGCACUCCAGCCGGCCAGACGGUGGUGGGACCAGCAGCUUCUACCGCACCCCUCGUCACUGUACAACGGGCAGGUGCACCUCAGGGUAAAGCCCCCAUCACUGUGGCGACCCUUCCACCGGGCAUCCGUAUGGUGAGGCCAGCACAGACCACAGCGGGGACGCCGCUUACCUCCAGCCCACAGAUGAGUGGGAUGGCAGCUCUGGCUGCUGCAGCCGCUGCCACUCAGAAGAUUCCUUCAAGCACAGCGGUCACCUCCAUUGGAAUUCACCCUGGCACAACCAUGGUCAAAACUGUGGCAGUCACCCCUGGAGCCAAUACUUUGUCAAAUGCUGUAAGAGUAGCAACACCAUCAGUCAUGGUCAACGCACCGGCAACCUCAAUGUUGAAGACUGCAGCUGCUCAGUUAGUGACUCCAACGCACGUUGCCACCACCAUGGCUCCGGCUAGACCCAUUAUUACAGUGCACAAGUCAGGAACAGUCACUGUGACCCAGCAAGCACAGGUGGUGACCACUAUGGUGGGAGGUGUCACUAAAACCAUCACGCUGGUGAAGAGCCCCAUCUCCAUGGCAGGAGGAAGCACACUGAUUUCCAACCUGGGCAAAAUGCUCACGCUGCAAGCUAAACCAGGACAACAGGCUACCAUCUCAGGCACAGGCUCCUCCGGGCCACUUACACAGAUCUUCCAGACCAAAGGUCAACUGCCUCCAGGGGCAACCAUUUUAAAGCUCGUUACCUCUGCGGAUGGGAAGCCUGCCACCAUCAUCACCACCUCCCAAGCGGGAAAUGUGGGCCUAAAGCAGACGCUCAUGAGCCUUGGUAACAUGUCGCCUGCCUCUUCAAAACCAGCCACCACCAUUCUCAAAACUAUCCCAAUGUCUGCCCUUAUAUCACAGCCCAGCACUACAGGUGUCACAGGGACUGCUGGCAUAAAAUCACCAAUUACAAUCAUCACCACGAAAGUAAUGACGUCUGGAACAGGGACACCAACAAAAUUCAUCACUGCUGUGCCUAAACUGCAAGGACAAGGACUGACCCAGGUGUUGCUGAAGGGUGCGGCAGGACAGCCUGGCACUAUACUACGCACAAUCUCUGGGACACCGAUGAGUGGAGUCAGGUUGAUCACCCCAGUAACCGUGUCUACCACCAAACCGGCACUCACCACUUUGGUAGUGAAAGGCACCACUGAUGUCAAUACAUUGGGGACAAUGGGCACCACACUAGCAGGAGUGUCUACUGUAUUGCCCACACUCAACACUUCCAUGGCAACCCUUGGCACCAUCACCAACCUUGCCGGGCAGGUAAUCGGUGUAUCCUCCAAUACCUCUCAGAAACUCACUGCCGUAACUGGAGCCACCUCCACAGCUCCCAUCAUUGCUCUUCAGCCUGCUUCUGAGCCGAACAGGGUGACAAUCGUGGCUGCUCCCAGUGGCGUGGUGACACAGCAGGCCCAGCAGCUCGUGAACUCGGGAUCCACUUUGAUCACAGCCUCUCGGCCUUCCACCGUAACGUCAGAGACUCAGACCCAGCAGCUCAAGCUGAUAGAAGCACCAGUUAGGUGUUCGAAUCCUCCACACGAGACCAUGGACACUAAUACCACCAAUACGUCUACAACCACCACAGCAAACAUUGCGGCAAAUCAGGUCCAGCCUACCGCCUUGAAUGCGCAAGGCCUCCCUGAAAGUGUGCAUGGUGAAACUGCGACAACAGGAACAAAUAACACCGCAACCACUGCUUCCACAGCUCAGAGUGGCGCAGUCACCACGGUAACGCAAUCCACACCCGUGCCUGGCCCCUCCACACAGUCGGUCCCGUUGCCUGAAGCUCAGUCUAACAGUGGUGUGCAGGGUUCUGUGGCGACGGUGGGCCACACCACUCUACAGAUACUGCCUCCGAACUCAUCAGCUGCAGCGGAAAACAUGGAAGUAACCCCUCAGACAGAAGCAGAGGGUGUCCCAAUGCCCAGUGCCCCAGCUGUGCAGGCACAGCCCACAGUCAGCCUGCAGCAGGAACAGCUCCUUCCCCCUCGUGAGCUGCUGGCAGACAGUCGGCCCGAGACCCUGGGCGAGCUGGGGCUGUCCCCUGAGGAGCUGGCAGUGGCGGCUGCCGCUGAGAAAGCAGCCCGCCUGGCCUUGCUAGAGGAGGAAUCCAGGGCAGCAACAGCGGCAGCAGCAGCCCUGGCAUCUGAAGAGGCCGCAGCGAGGGAAGAGCCCAUGGAAACCUCAUCAGCAGAGUUGGCAGCAAUACAGCCCUCAAAGCUUUCCCACCAGGCUCUGCAGACACUGGUGUCCCUGCAGUCUAUUGUACCGUUAGCUGAACUUGCACAGCAGGACAUAGAAAGAGCAGGCCAGCAACAGGCUUCAGAGAGCAACCAACCCUCCGGGAUAGCAGAGGCCCUAGCACCAGCAGAUAGUCUCAAUGAUUCUACCUCGGAGACCAAUGGGCCUCAGGAACUGGCCAGCACUGUCUCGAGUGUUCAGCUGCCCAUUCUGAGAACCACGGGUCUGGCCCCAUACACUUCUCUACUGACACCAACAACCAACUCCGUUUCCAGCCCUGUGAAACUGCUGGCGGCCACUGCUUUAGCUCAGGUAGCCAACGGAAUCGGACUUGCUGCAUCGAAACAGGAUGCCUCUCCUGCCCAGCCGAAGCCAACAGCCAGGAAAGAAGCCAAUCAGUGGUACGAUGUUGGCUUGUAUAAAACUACAAACACAUUGGUGGUCUCAUAUUUCUUGCCUACAGAGGGCUCUCAAGUAGAAGAGGAUGGAAGUGGAGACAAUAUCCCAGACCACUCCAACCGGAAGACCAUGAAACUGCAGUCGGGCACUGCGUAUAAAUUCCGGGUGACAGGAAUAAAUUCCUGUGGACGGGGUGCAUUCAGCGAAAUUUCGGCCUUUAAGACUUGCAUGCCUGGAUUCCCAGGAGCACCAUCGGCCAUCAAGAUCAGCAAGGUAGCUGAAGGUGCACAGCUCUCGUGGGAGCCUCCUGCCGUCACCUCCGGAGUCAUUAUCGAAUAUUCUGUGUAUCUGGCACUUCCAGGCUCACAGGUAGCAGAUCCCAAACCCGUGGGGACUUCGCAUCUCCUCUUUGUCCGUGUUUACUGUGGGCCAAUUCCCAGUUGUCUUGUGUCUUCAACCAACCUGGCAAACGCGCACAUCGACAGAACCACUAAGCCUGCAAUCAUCUUCAGGAUAGCAGCAAAGAACGAGAAGGGAUACGGACCAGCCACCCAGGUCCGGUGGCUGCAAGAUGCCAGUAAAGAUGGAGCAAGGCCUGCGAUCAAGCGUUCUGUCACAUCUCCCGAUGACAAGCUAUUAAACUUGAACAAGAAACCCAAGCCUGAUGGUUCCUAACUCCGUUCAUUGUGAACGCCCGCCUUUUUUAUUUUGUGUACCUAAGGACUUCGCCAUGGCUACUCUUCGGGGGUUUUUAUUACAGAAGAACUCACUUUUAUUGCUGUUCAUUUACAACAAGAGCAGCAUCUCGGUGGAAACGUGCAGUGAACUGACAGUAUUACUUGAAGGGAGGGCACCCUGUUGUGUGGAAGUGCGUUCACUUGACAAAUUGACGAUUUAUACAGACUUUCUCAUCAGAGUAAAGACUUUUUUUGUUUUUCUAAUUCUCUCUGCUCGUUCCUGUCCUCGUGACCUCGCCCUGUGCUCAGUUUACUGCACAUCCUGAGAGCCAGAUACACACCCAAUGUUAUCAACAUGCGGCAUUCUCUAAAACAAAACUUUUACUUGGGAUUACAGAUGUCUUCCAAGUCUUGCCAAGCUUGUACCUUUCUCACAGUAACUUGGAUAAUUUUUUUUCCCCACCCUGCCCUUUGGGCUAAUUCUAUGCCGAUUCCCCAGUUGAAUACUUCUGUAAAAAGCACUUCUUCCACAUCACCACAUCUCCAGGCUAUAUCACCGGAACAGCAAAUAACUACAACAACUCUUGUAAAUUUUUACAGUGCUUGUGUCCCCGUGUGCUGUAUCAUGUCAGAGGCUAUUCUGAACAUAUAGUAUGUUUUGUUGCCACAACAUAUGAUUUUGUGUGCACUACCGUUGUACCAUAUGAUUAAAGAUCCCUGUGUGGCCAUUUCCGCCAGUCAGGAAAUGCGUUCACUUGUGCAACUGGCUUAAAACAUACUGAGAUUGUGCCAGGAAGAAAAGGGCUGGAAGUUAAUCCCUUCAUUGGAAUUGUGCAGCAGAUUGAUUGCAGAACUGAACGUUUCAUAGACAAAAGAGGCAAGAUUGUUACCGUGGCUUUGUAAUCUGUAACGGUUUGUCUGAAGGGGCUGAUGAGCUGUUUACAGGUUAUGGACACUUGUUAAGGCCGGCAGUUAUUGUGCUGAGUUGUUGCCUUGUACCAUCCCAGCCCUGCUGGUUAAGGUGCUGCCACUGAUCUGUGGGGGGUGGGGGGGUCCCAGGGCUACGACCAAGGGGGAAGGACCAGCUGAACAUUUCCAGGCCUGGGCGUUGUGUGACUUGAGGUGGAGUGAAUUGACCGGCUGUGGUGAGAUGCUUGCAGUUGUUCUGGAUAACACAGGGGGCAGUAAGUGGCUAAUCAGGAAAUGGAUAUGGAUCGCACACAGUCCCCAAAUUUAGGAAGUAAGCAGGGGAUAGGAGAAAACAAGGCACAAAGUGCUGGGGGAACUCAGCAGGUCAGGCAGCAUUUGUGGAGGCAAUGGACAGGCAACGUCAUGGGUUAGGACCAUGCUUAAGAGAGACUGCACACAAGGCUCUGCUCAGGCACCUGGUAUUGUGGCGAUAGCAAGAGCGAGUGCAAGAUCUCGACUGAAAACGUCACCCAUUCCUUCUCUCCAGAGAUGCUGCCGGUCCCGCUGACAUACUCCAGCAUUUUGUGUCUAUCUACGAGAGCAAGACAAGAUGAAACUGGGCAUCAUUUCACCAUUUUGAUGUGUUGUGAAGUGCAUGGGCGUAAUCACUGCGCACACAGUCGCCCCCUCAGCCCAAUGACUUUACAGAUUUUUCUGAGCCCUGCCUCCUUCCCCCCCCCCCCACCUCUGAUCACAGGACAGGAGGACGGGCAGCGUGGAGAUCCCUUCGGUGCGUCAGCAGCCAUGUGAGCCAGAGCGGGGCUGGACAUGUGUGAACAACUGUCGCUGAGUCACUUGGAAGCAGCCCCACCCAUAUGCGUGGGCAUUCCCUGCUGAUUGACAUAUUCAUUACAGAAGGGUGUGGUUUGCACACAGGUCAAAGUCCUGUUUUGGAAACAUUGUGCUGGUGUGCUCGCUUUGAAAAAAAUAUGGAAGGAUGUUUCACUGAGUAAAAGGCAGCCUGCAAGUGGUUACUGUGCCCAUCUCCUGCUGAGGUGAAAACCAUCGCAUGGGAAAUGAUGAGGACAUCCCUUCCUCUCGAAAGAUUUUGAUUCUUCCUACAAAAUAGGCAGAACGUUUUUGAAAGACUUUACACUGUUGAGUAGGUUGUAUCGUCAGAGGAAAGCCUCAGCUGAUCCAACUUAUAACAGGUGGAGACAGGUGUAGGGAGAAGGAUUCAAUCUGAACAAUGCUUUCAUCCUUGUGACUUUGAUGAGGUCUGACGAUCUACUUGUAGUCCCGGAAUGAGCCCAAUUUAAGCUUGGUCACUUCGUCAACAGGCAACUGAAACCACCUUGGUAUGUACAGGUGAGAGAAUAUUUGCCAGACAGAUUUUGAUUUAAGCUAGAUCCCUGCCCAAGUUUUCGGCCUUGUAUAUUCCCUGUUCUACACUGCCUGUCAUGGACAUUGUAGUAACCUGUGUUCUACACUGCCUGUCAUGGACAUUGUAGUAACCUGUGUUCCUUUUCCUCGUGGUGUCACUUAGGUAUUAGAACCUGCAGGAUUUUGAUCAGUGUCUUGCUAUGAUCUAGUUUUCCUUCGACAUGUUGGGAUUACAAUACAUUGAUGUGCCAAUGUGAUUCAGAUUUUGCUUCCAAAAUUAUUCCCCCUCCCUCCCCCCUCCCAACAACCUUAAUUUACCAUAAUUACACCCGUUAACGACUGGACCCCAUGUAGACUGGGCCCCGGAUAUUCAAUUAGUUGAUGCCACCAAUAAAAAGAACACAAGUGCGAGGGUAACUCAGCUGGUCAGGCAGCAUCCCUGGAGAACAUGGACAGGUGACAUUCGGAUUGGGACCCUUCAGACUUCCUCCAUGCUCUCCAGGGAAGCUGCCUGACCCACCAAGUUACCCCAGCACUUGGUGUUCCUUGUUUCGAAUUUAUGCCACUGCUGUAUUGUUACAGGCCAGUAUUAAACCAAUAGUCUGCAGGUGUUACACAGUGACAGAAUGGUUUAUCAGUGUUGUACAACGUCAGACAUGUACCGGUCGUUAAGCAGCCUUAGUGUUACAGCUAUACACUCAAGUCUGCAAGAGCAAUAUUGAUAAUGAAACUGAGUUAUCUUUAGGUUUGUGACAGCACGAUUUGAAAAUGCUAUUGUUGCUCUGAAGCAAAAUUGUGGGUACAAGUAGUUUAGAAUUUACCCUCCAGCAAGAAUCUCCUUUUGUUCAUAAGUUUUAUUUCGUAUGUUCCCUGUGAAAACAUAAGCAAGCCUUUUCUCUGCUGUGAGAGAGAACAGUCAGCAGACAGAGUUCUGCAAAGUAGUGCUAUCGUCUGGUCAAAUUCAACUUGCAUCUGCUGGUUGUGGGGUGCAAGCCAGAUGUGGGGUGGGAGUACAGAAUUCGGUGAUUGUGGACUUUGUUCAGCAGCUGGGAUGGGCUUCAGCCUGGAACUGUAGUGCAGAUUCAGUCACGUCAAAUGAUUGCCCAACAGGAUCAAUUCAACAGCGUCUCCAGUGCAGACUAUAACGCUUGCCCCGGUCUUGUGUGCCAGGCUGUGGCAAAACUAAGCUUUUAUUUUUAAAUGUUCAAUAACUGAGCGUGCUUUUCAUUUAAAUUUAUAUAUACAGUGCCCUCCAUAAUGUUUGGGUCAAAGACCCAUCAUUUAUUUAUUUGCCUCUGUACUCCACAAUUUGAGAUUUGUAAUAGAAAAAAGCACACAUGCUUAAAGUGCACAUUGUCAGGUUUCAUUAAAGGCCAUUUUUAUACAUUAUGGUGUCACCAUGUAAAAAAAACAGUAGUGUUUAUACAUAGUCACCCCAUUUCAGGGCACCAUAAUGUUUGGGACACAGCAAUGUCAUGUAAAUGAAAGUAGUCAUGUUUAGUAUGUUGUUGCAUAUCCUUUGCAUGCAAUGACUGCUUGAAGUCUGCGAUUCAUGGACAUCACCAAUUGCUGGGUGUCAUCACCAGAGAUGAUGCUCUGCCAGGCCUGUAUUGCAGCCAUCUUUAGCAUAUGCUUGUUUAGGGGGCUAGUCCCCUUCAGUUUUCUCUUCAGCAUAUAAAAGACAUGCUCAAUCACCUCAGAUCGGGUGAUUGACUUGACCACUCAAGAAUUGACCAUUUCUUAGCUUUGAAAAUCUCCUUUAUUGCUUUAGCAGUAUAUUUGGGAUCAUUGUCUUGCUGUAGAAUGAACCGCCGGCCAUUGGGUUUUGAGGCAUUUGUUUGAACUUGAUCAGAUAGGAUGUGUCUAUUCACUUCAGAAUUCAUUAUGCUACUACCAUCAGCAGUUGUAUCAUCAAUGAAGAUAAAUGAGCCAGUAACUUCAGCAGCCAUACAUGCCCAGGCCAUAAAACCCCCACAGAUGAGGUGAUAUGCUUUGGAUCUUGGGCAGUUCCUUCUCUCCUCCAUACUUUGCUCUUGCCAUCAUUCUGAUGUAAGUUAAUCUUCAUCUCAUCUGUCCACAAGACCUUUUUCCAGAACUGUGGUUGCUCUUUUAAGUAUUUCUUGGCAAACUGUAACCUGGCCAUACUAUUUUUGCGGCUAACCAGUGGUUUGCAUCUUGCAGUGUAGCCUCUGUAUUUCUGUUCAUGAAGUCUUCUGCGGACAGUGGUCAUUGAUAAAUCCACACCUGACUCCUGAAGAGUGUUUCUGAUCUGUCGGACAGGUGUUUGGGGGUUUUUCUUUAUUAUAGAGAGAAUUAUUUUGUCAUCAGCUGUGGAGGUCUUCCUUGGCCUGCCAGUCCCUUUGCUAUUAGUAAGCUCACCAGUGCUCACUUACUUCUUAAUGAUGUUCCAAACAGUUGGUUUUGGUAAGCCUAAGGUUUGGCUGAUGUCUCUAACAAUUUUAUUCUUGUUUCUCAGUCUCAUAAUGACUUCUUUGACUUUCAUUGGCACGACUUUUUCCUCAUAUUGAUAAACAGCAAUAAAAGUUUCCAAAGGUAAUGCAAAGGUUGGAGGAAAGACUAGGUGCUGAGAGAUCUCUUAUACCUGCAUUGAAGAUAAUUAAACACACCUGAGCAAUUACAAACACCCGUGAAGCCAUGUGUCCCAAACAUUAUGGUGUCCGGAAAUGGGGGGGACUAUGUAUAAACACAGCUGUAAUUUCUACAUGGUGAAACCAAAAUGUGUAAAAAUGGCCUUUAUUAAAAUCUGACAAUGUGCACUUUAACCACAUGUGAUUUUUUUUCUAUCACAUAUCUCAUAUUGUGGAGUACAGAGGCAAAUAAAUAAAUGAUGGGUCUUUGUCCCAAACAUUAUGGAGCGCACAGUAUAUAUUUUUACAGAAAGACCUGAAGGGAGGUAAAAUGCAGAUGUUCCCCAUAUUUUAAUCCCUUGCAAAAAUGAAUAGGAUGUGUCAAUCUGGAUUUCAUAACUUUGGAACUGUAUAUACAAUUAAUUUUUCCUACCCCUUUUUAUCCUGGAUUUAUUCUACCUGCUAUUGUAAGAGAUCCCGGGUCAUAUAGUCAGAAACCUUCCUCCUUUAAGCUCUUGGGAUAAUAGCCCAUGGUUUGUGAUUUUGUUCGAUGGGCAGGUUGGUGGGAGGGUUUUGGUUAACGACGGAAGAACUGUUGUCUCUGUACAGGGGUAUGUGCUUAAAUGACGAAAGGCAAAAAAAGCAAGAGUUUGCCUCCGGUGGUUUUGUAAUAUUAUGUACAGCUUAGAUAGGAUGUGUGCUAAUGUGUUCUUUUUUUAUUUUUUAAAAGGUUUUGUAUAGUUUUUACAUGUUUAAAAUGAGCAGAGUGGGUGGGUGGGUGGAUGGGUAGGAGGGGAAGGCAAGGGUAAACACUGUAGUGUAGGAUCUAUUCUCUGGAAGUUCUAUUUUGCCCCAGAAGCUGUAUGUAUCAGUUGCCCCCAUGCUGUGAAGUUGGUACCAUUUAUAUGUACAUCUCUGCUGCUUUCAUCAGUUGUAAUGAAUUUAUAUUUUUUUUGAUUAAAGGAAAAACACAAAAAACAUUGUCCAUUGUAGAAAAGUCAAAUUAUAAAUCAUUUUGCUAUCUUUUGUGCUUUUUGAAUAAAAUCUUUUUUGAAUAAAUAGUUUGAUUUUAUUUG